AUGUGCGUGAUAUUCUGGACAGUCGACGAUCCGCACUACGACCUAGUAAUCGCUUCGAAUCGGGACGAAUUCCUCUCACGGCCCACGCUCGCUGCCGAGUGGCACAGCUUCGAACCGCUCUCUCUUUCCUCUGCUACCACUCCCUUUUCUGCACAGCAUAACAUCUUGAGUGCCAGAGAUGCGACUGGUGGGGGAACUUGGCUGGGCAUCACUCGACAGGGUGCCUUUGCAACGUUGACCAACUUCACCGAGCUGUCUGCGCCGCUGCCGGAGGGGAUGGACGCGUUCGAGUCGCGAGGCAGCCUGGUGCGCGAUUGGCUGGUUUCGCAGUCACAGUCGCAAGGCGAGGUGAGGAAGAAGGGGCUGGAGGAGGUGCGGGGGGAGAUCCGGGCGUACCUGGAGACGGUGGAGGAUAAGCUGGAGAGGUUCCCUGGGUUCAAUCUGUUGGUCGGUGCGCUGUCGACGCAUGGAGCGGUCGUCGGGUAUAUAACAAACAGAACACCCGACGGCAGAGUCGCCAAGGACAGGAAAGCAGACAUCUUCCUCCCGCAAGCAUCAGCACCAACCACCGCUCCACCCGGCGGGAUGUCCAACAGCGUCCUCACUCAACCCUGGGCCAAAGUCCUCUCCGGCUCCACCGCCUUUCGCUCCAUCCUCUCCGCUUCCCCCACACAACACCAUCUCGUCGAACACCUAUUCGACCUCCUCUGGACAUCCUCCGACCCGAAACCUACCCAGCGCUCCGAACUGCGCAACUCGGUGCUCAUCUCCCCGCUUGAGCUGCCGACGGUAGCAGCAGCAGACGGGAACCGGGAUUGGUACGCGACCCGCACAAGCACCGUCAUCCUCGUAGGCAAAGAUGGCAGUGCAAAGCUAGUCGAGAGGGAUACAUUCCAGGUGGUGGGGUUUGAGGCUGCGCUGGUCAACGGGCCUGAGGGAAGCGGAGCAUUCGCCGGCAGGGACGGUGGGCAGAGAGUGUUUGAAUGGCAGAUGUAG